AUGAGACCAGCAGAUUCAGUGGGAGCUCAGAUAGAUGAGAUCGAGCGUACAGAAGAAGAGGCAGAACCAGAUUCGGAUGAACCGAUUGCUGAGAGCAGCACGCCUCUGGCACUGGGCCGAGAACCGAGGAUGAGAAGGGCCCCGGAUAGAUGGGUCUAUCGGGUCAAGGAGGAAUCCGAAGGAACAAAACGGUACAAGGCCAGACUUGUAGUAAAGGGAUUCCAACAGAGAUACGGUAUUGACUUUACCGAUGUUUUUACACCUGUUGUUAAGUUAACCACUAUUCGUCUAGUGUUAAGCAUGGUAGCGGCGGAAAACUUGGAGUUGCGACAGUUAGAUGUGAAGACGGCCUUUCUGCAUGGGGAUCUCGAGGAAGAAAUUUACAUGGUGCAGCCAGAGGGGUAUAAAGAAAAUGAUCAGCAGGUCUGCCACCUAAAGAAGAGCUUGUACGGACUGAAACAGGCUCCUCGACAGUGGUAUCGAAAGUUCGAUAAUUUCAUGCUGGAGAUUGGAUACUCCAGGUGUAAUGCUGAUCAUUGUUGCUAUGUGAAAAGGUUCGGUAACUCUUUCAUUAUUUUACUGCUAUAUGUGGAUGACAUGCUGAUAGCAGGAUCAGAUGUCAAGGAAAUCGAGAGGCUCAAAGAUCAGCUAUCAAGGAGAUUUGAUAUGAAGGAUCUAGGAGAAGCGAGACAAAUACUGAGCAUGAAAAUCACGAGGGACAGAAAUGCUGGUAAACUUUGGUUUUCUCAAUCUGAUUAUAUUGAGAAGGUGUUGUGCAGAUUCAAAAUGGAUAUUGCAAAGCCGGUUGAGUGCCACUGGGAAGCCAGUUCAGGGAGCCUGAUGUACGCUAUGGUCUGCGCCCGGCCAGACAUAGCACAUGCAGUGGGAGUAGUCAGCCGGUUCAUGAGCAAUCCUGGAGUGAUGCACUGGGAGGCGGUAAAGUGGAUUCUUAGGUACCUGAGGGGUACUAAGGACCGGGCAUUGGUAUUUGGCAGGAGUACCCUUACCCUGUCUGGGUUUGUCGAUGCUGAUUUUGAUGGAAGUGAUCUUGACAAGAGGAGGAGUACUACUGGGUACGUGUUCACUUACGGCGGGACGGCCGUAUCCUGGAUCUCGAAACUGCAGAAGAUAGUCACAUUGUCCACAACGGAAGCUGAGUACGUGGCAGUGACGGAGGUAGCCAAGGAGCUCGUUUGGCUGCAAAACUUCCUGAAUGAACUUGGAAGACCUCAAGAGGAUGUAGCUCUAUACAGUGAUAGCCAGAGUGCAAUCCAUCUGGCAAAGAACCACGCGUUUCACUCGCGAACGAAGCACAUCGAGGUUAAGUAUCAUUUCAUCCGGCAACUUCUAGAGAAGAAGGUGUUGCAGCUGAAAAAGGUUCCGGGAGAGAGAAAUCCUGCAGACGUGUUGACCAAGGUGAUAAAUACGGUUUAG